AUGUUAGAUAGUACGAGUGUUAGGUAUUCAUCCACUUCGUUGUCAUUCGCUGGUGGUGUUGCGAAGUCUUGACUUCCGGGCCAACGUGAAGACGGUAGACGGAGGAAUGAAGGUUCUGACCACCAAAUGUGGUGUCUAGCAUGGCUAGUAGGGAUUCCUCGAGACGCACAGUCGGCUGGAUUGUCGUGUGAUUGAACGUAGUAGAAUCGAAGUGGAAUAUGGGCGUCACGAAAUUUGUCCACAAUAGCUCGGAUCUCCAUUAUCCUGUUCCUGACAAACGUGCGUAGUGAACGCGUCGAAUGUAUCCAAUGAAGAACUAUCUGCGAAUCCGAGAACGCAUGUACCGCUGAGAUGUUAAGACGGAUUUGUGUAUGGACGAAACGGACUAAUUGCAGACCGAUGAGGGUGGCAAGUAGUUCCGUCCUUGGCAUAGUGAUCGGAUUACGUGGUCCAAGCAGGGACUUAGCCAUAAGAAGAGGGACGGUCGUAGACGAAUGACAACGGCAAAGGAGGUAAACACAAAAAGCGUAAAGGGGUUUCGAGACAUUUCCAAAGACACAGAGUUCGUAGUCGACAGGCGAAUCGGCUGAUGGAAUAAGGCAACGAGGGACCAAUGGAAUUGGAUGAGCGAGGUCUUCGGCCAGUUUCUUCCAACGAGCGAUGUCGGCAUUCUCGAACGGGUCGUCCCAUCGAUAGGAUUUUAUCCACAUAUCUUGCAGAAAGAUCUUAAACGGUGCGAGAAAUGGUGAUAAAAUGCCUAAUGGAUCAAACGUAGAAGCGAAUGCCUUGAGCGCUGUGCGCUUCGAAAUAACUUUCUUACGAAGAGUCCGAAUUGGGAUACGAAUGAGAUCUUUAGAAACGUCCCACUGAAGUCCUAACAAGGAAACUGAUGUCGAAAAUUGCAUACGAUCUUGUAUAUUGAUUGCAUCAUUAACGUAGGAAGAAUUAGAUAGAAACUGUCGUAAGUUCAUAUUCAUAGAAGUGAAUAAGGCGCUAGAGUCCUGAUACUCACGAAUCGCUUCUCUUGGUGGAUGCUCCCAAUAGUAUGUUGUCGACAUAGGUGUUCUCUUCAAUCUCCUUGUUGAGCUGCGAAUCUGGAUCUCUCCGUAGAUAGUAGAGGAUGGAGGCUGCGAGUAGAAACGGUGACGCCGUGAUUCCGAACGGGACUCGGGUGAAUCGGAAUAUCCUGAGGUUGGUCUCUGAUGGUGGUGACGUCGGGUCCAUUAACCAUAGGAAUCGCGUGGCAUCUCUUUGAUUGAGUUGAAGACGAAUUUGAAGAAAGGCUUUUUCUACAUCGGCUAUGAGGAGGAUGGGUUUGAGGCGGGAUCGAAGAAGAAUCCCGACAAGGUCAGGGAGGAUAGAUGGACCGGGAUGGAGGCAAUCGUUGAGGCUAGGGGCUCCUUUGUAAUAGGAUGAGGCAUCGAAGACAACUCUCAGCUUGGUGGUGGUAGAAGACUCCUUGAUCACUGCCUGAUGGGGAAUGUAGUAGACUCUAUGGUUGUCGAAGUGAUGUUCGUCGACUUCCUCGAUGAUUCCUUUAUCCAAGUAAUCGUCGAUGGUUGAAGCGUAGAGUCUCCAAAGGUCCGGUUGUGACGAAGGAUCUGUACUGGCUUUCGAGUCGCUUGAGUGCGAGGAGCUUGUUAUCGGCUAGUCUGGGAUGCGAUGACUUCCAUGGGAAUUGUACGUGCAAGUGUCCGUCGAUCUCUACCGCGGUAUCCUGGAAUUGUUGUAGGAUAGGGGAAUCUUCUUCUUGGUCGAAAGAUGGAUGAGGAUCAUCUGCGAUACCAAUGACGUCUAGACGGUCGAAGCGGGAGACGGGAUCGGCUUCGUCGGAUGAUGGGGAAGUGGAAUUAGUGGAAAACUGUUGCAGGUAAGCCACGAAAAAAUUUGGAUCCGGAGAUGGUCGGACCGAAGCGUGUAUUGCAGAGGACUAGACCUGAUGGAAGGGUCUGAGGACAAUCCGAUGUAACGAUAUCCCAGAAGUAAUCGAUUCCAAUGAGGAUGUCUGGUGUGACGGCUCGGCUGAUGGUAAGGGAUUCCAAGCGGAUGUUGUGUGAUUGAAAGAAUCGGCGAUCCUCUGCCGUGAAGUUGAUGGGCGAACAUGGGGCAGUAAGGUGCUCCUUGGUUCGAAGGAUAAGUCGGAUUUUUCUUUCUUGAUUGUCAACAAGGUCAACAUCUACCAUACCGGAUGGCUCUAUGGUACGUAUUGCUCCGAAUGUGACGGUAGUAAGCGGAGUAAUGUGAGAGACCUUGAUGUUAAGGCGAGCAACUGCAUCCUGCGAAAUGAAGCUUCUUUGUGCACCUGUGUCCAACAGAAGAAUCACUGAAGUUGAAGUGUUGGUCUGAUGGUCGACAGCUAAUGCUUCCACUGUCAUGAGGUUGGAGGAGGUGGAAUGGUCCAGAGUGGUGCGAACUUGCGUGUCGGAUGGAUCCUUGAGAUGUCGAACAAGGUCCUCGUAUUUUUCGUCCGAAUUGGCUGCGACGUAGACCGGCGAGUCUCGACCCUGAUGUCGCUCUCUUUCAGCGCUGUUCUCGCGAGAAAGAUGGUAUCACGUACUGGAGAUCUAAAGCGAACCGUAUGAUGCUGUGUACGCUCCCUCGUGA